AAUCCACAACAGUCAGCAUGGAAAGCAACGACACUGCAGACCUGUUCAGCCCCUCAGAUUUCACCUUCCCCUCUUGCACUGACUUGCAAGGCACCCAGGCGCACUAUUCCUUGGGCGCGAUCCCAGCUCCAUUCUUUGGGUCCCUCGUGUCGGACAUGGUUCAGCCCAGCUUCCCCGUCUCGUCGCCCACUUUCUCCCAUCCCAGCUCUCAUGGUUCCGUGGGAAUGCUGGACAACGCGUUGCAGCUGCCGCCUGUGAUGGACAACAGCUUUCCUAGUUUUGAGGUGGACACUGUGGAGACGGCUCUCGGCCCCUCGCUUCUGUCCGAUGUUCCAUUUUCGAGUUCUCUCGGAGGCGCCUUCUCAGGAGGGGGCUUGUAUGAUUUAAUGCACCAGCAGCAGUAUUGCAGAUUGAGCGCCGUCCACCAGUCGUUUCAAGGCGGCGCUUUCUUUGAUCAGUCGAUUUAGCUCCUGUGAUUAAAGAUUUCGGCACAGAUUCAAGCGAGAACGGAUGAAUGGGUCACCACCAAUACAUUGUAGUGCAAUUCACUUGGCGAGCGAAGAUGGCGGAAUUGCAACUUCAAGUUUGAGUUGUGCUGGUUGUGGUGGCAGUGUACACUUGUACAACAUUGAGAAAAGAAUUGAGGAGCAGUAGAUCAGAGGUUAGCAUGUUACAUCACAUCGUAGGCACGCACCCCAUGGGCUGAGCUAAUCACAACGGCAGCAGGAUAAUUCACCACUGUUGUUGCCCUAGCAACUGUACAGAACAGACGGGCCGCAUAACGACAUUUCAACGACAUUUCCAAGUGGUUGAAAUGGGUACCUAACUCAGGCACCUCCGAAUCGCGACGCAAGAUCUGAACACUUGUUCAGGCCGAGGCCGAGCACUCAGUUACACAGCAUUGGUUACGUUGAUAGCCAUUGAAGAGUGUAGAUAUAAAUCGGCUCAUUUUUGGGAUUAGGAACUCAUGGUUCCGUGAGUAGAAUUUACACCAUUCCUCGAUCGUAAUUUAGGAGCUUUUUUGUUUUCUUCUGUUUAAACUUCGAUUCCAGUUCGCUAAGUACAUAAAGCAAUAAUGUCAGUUUAGGGAUA